CUGGGCCUGUCCGAGGCGUGGGGCGCGAAGCGGGCUGGGGGUAGCGGUGCCCCGUUUCAGUCCGGGGUAUCCAGAACCUCGCUAAACUGGUCACACGAGCCCCUCGGGCCUCCCUCGCGACCUGGGCUCGGUUCCAGGCCGAGCCUGGGUCCCCGGGGUGCAUCGGAGGGCCGACCGGACCCGAAAUCACCUGAGGGGAUAACGGAGUGCCAUGGGCCCCCAGAAGUUGUACUAUGUGGUGUCCAGAAAUGUUAGGAAAUACCAGAAAAGUUAUUCUCAAAGCCAAGGAAGGACAUUCCGAGAGAGGGAAGAGUAUAUGCAUAGGCUCCGGGAGUCAGUGACUUGAGCCUGGAGUGGGGGUGAGAAUUGCGAAGGGGCAACACUCGGGCGAGCUGAGCACUGGGGACUUGAGACUUGGAAGGACGGGGUGGGAGGAGGAUGGCAGUGGAAGUGAGCACGGAAAAGCCAGCGCUCACGUUGGACCAGAAACAGGAGUGGUGAGGACAAUGAUGGACGCGCGAUGGGAGGACGUGGGAACCCCUGUCGGCUCCAAGGGGAGGACACGGGGUGCGCGGAGGUGGGUGUCUUGCUGGGGAAGCCGGUGUGGGACAGGCCCAGGCAGAAGGCAGUGGAGCCCGGAGCCUGCGCAGAGGGUGAAGAGCGACGCGGAGUAGGCGCAGAAGCCGGGGGGACCUGUCCGCUGGUCGGAUCCACGACACUCUCAAGUCAUCUCUGCACAGAGGCGAGGAACCCGCGGUGGGGGCGCCUCUGCGGGCACUGGGGAGACUGUUUUGGCACUCCAGGCUGGGGCCCACGGGGGCGCCCUGGGUCUAAGACCCACCCCACCCCCGGAGGUGCGAAACGUCAGCCAGGGUUUCGGAGGGCCAAAGUAGACAAGGGGCCGCUAGCUGACCGCGCGGUUUCCGAAAUCGGGUCGAGAUGCCUCAAAAACCACUCCCGGCCCUGAGCCCCGCCUCGGAGGCGGGGGCCCGCCUGGCUAGCCAUCUGCUUCGCAUCGCUGCCGCCGCCGCCUCGUCCCGGGCCUCCCCGGCCCCAGGAAUGCAGCGGCAAGGCAGGCGGGGCGGUGCCUGGGGAGGGCGGUCAGCCCGCACCAGGUCUUCUCCUCCUCUUGACGGGUAGUGGGUCAAGCUGGAGUGGGGAACCCUUGGCCUCCAACAUUCCUGCUGGUCUACCUUGGCAGGAGGUGGGCUGUCUCUGUAAGCCACAGCGGCGUUGCAUUUACCUUCAUACCCUAGCAGCAGACUGGAUCUGAAAAAUACUUGCAUUUUCUGCUUCUGCCCCCAUCUCUGUAAAAUGGGGUUAGAUGGACCUCAGUUCCUGGGUGCUGGAGAUGGGGGUAGGUUGCCGUGACAGUGUGUGGAGCGUUUGUGGAAAGAACGGCCUCUGGACUGUGCCCACCCGAGGUCUGGGCCAUCCUUGUGAUUAAAAUGAAUGAGGCCCAGGAGGGAGAGGCGGGAGCUGGGCGCUGAACCUUUUAGUGCAGACUCUGCCGCAGAGACUCUUGCCUUGGCCAGGGAGUGGUUAUUGAGUUGGGGGUGCCAUUUCCGUUAGCAUGAUCAGGGGAGACCUGCCAUGAUGAGCACAGACCUACAGGAGAGAAGGGGGCAGCCCUGAGGGUAUUUGGGGCACAACUCACCCAACACCCCUCCUCCUUCUUGAAAGUUCCUUGGAAGCCCGCAGAUGCUGGGGGGGGCGGGGCGUGCGUGCCAAGCUCACACGAGGUGUGUCUAGUGCUUUGAGAAUGAGACUGCUUUUUAUAGAGGGGACACCCAACAGAUAAGGAUGAGCUUUGAGGCACCAGGCAGAUGGGUUAGCUGCCAGGUGAAAGGUGGCUCUCAGGAGGCCAGAGCCUAACUUGCAUAGAAUCUGGACGAGAAAGCAAGCUUAUUUUUCAGUAGAUCUGGUGUGGGCAUGGCCUCAACUUCCCAGCAUGGACAGGCCAGGGGCAACCUGAGAAGGAAGAGACAGAGGACAGAGGGGGCUGGUUUUUGACACUCCCGAGCUCUCUAGAUUGUCAUGUCAUCUAGUGGGCAGUUGCAUUAACAAGGCUAGUGUUGAGGGGGCAGGCCACACUGUAGCAGAUCCCAUGGCAUGACUCUUUACCUGGUGCCAGAGGAGAGCCAGACAUGUGAGAACCCAGAAAAGGUGAUAGCACAGAAGCCUCCUUGGUUGGGUCUGUGCAUGACCAGGGACAGAACAGGAUCUAAUGAGUGGACUCUAAGGUGGGGGAUAUGAGCUAAAUGCCACACAGCAGUGAUCGUGCCCCCCCCAGCAUCAACCUGUAGCACCACACACUGGCUCCAGGAACAAGGACUUGGCUUUGUAAGCCAUUGGAUGAGUUCGCCAAACCAUCCUUGUCUGCAGUGAUGAUCCUUGUGAGAAUGCAAGACUUGCUCUUGGUGAGCCCAGAUGGGCCUGGCCCUGCUGAGUGUUGGUGGCAGUGCUCAAGGCCUCCUGUGGCCUGCUCCCAUGACUGAAUUGCCCAGUGCAUGCCAGGCACUUCUUGGGGCUGCAGGUUCUUUAGCUAAAGAGUAGGGCCUGAGGCUGCUGAGCUGUGGGUAAAGGACCAGCGUGCCACUGAGCCUGAUGAUCUGAGUUCGAUUGCUGGAACCCUCAUGGUGGGAGAAAACUGACUUCCUCAAGUUGUCCUCAACUUCCACGUGCACACAGUGGGAGAGAUAAAUGUUUGUUUUAAAGGACAGGACCCAUGGGUCUGGCAGGAAGAAAGAGCUAAGAUGUGCACAGUUUGCUGGUUACUGCAGUCUGCUCUGCAACUUACGCUGACAGACUUAUAAACACCAUUGAGCGUCCUACACCCAGACUCCCAACCGCAGAACCGUGUACUAGGUCAGCCAGGGAAGACAGCGAUCAGUGUUUCCGGUGAUCCCAGCAGGCCACUUGGCAACUGUGAAGGGGCACUGUCUGGACAAUCUGGUCUAGAACCAGGUGGAAGUGGAUCUUUCUGAGAAGGGGUCCUUGACAUCCCUGGGACAAGGUGGGUGGUCCAAUGGGGACAGCAAAAAACAGGCCUGUUUCAUUUUUCUGUGGUUUCCACUUUAUCUGUGGAAAAUAUGCAAAGCCUGUUCUCUUAGUUUAAGGUUUUAUGGGCUCUGUCCCUCAAGUCCCAACUUUGAUCUGAGGGGCGAACAGAACUUUGACUGGGCAGGGGGCUUUUGGAGGCAGCUGGAUCCUAUCUACGGUGUGACUAUUACCUCAAACUGGUCGGGGCAGCAGGCAGUGUGGAGCUUUCAUUUCAACCUGCUCCUGCCCCUUGCUGGGUUCUGAAUUCGCAAGCCCCAGGGGAAGCACACUCAUUUCCUCUAAAAUGUAAAGGAAUGCUACAUUUCUGUAGGACUGGGGCGAAACUCUGGACUUCUGGGAAUCUGUCAUUUCAGUGACUGUCCCCUCUACCUCAGCUGGACUCUGAGGCAUCCUCCCUAGCUCCCUGACAGGGCAUUCACACCAGAGGCCUCUCCGAACUGUAGCACCCUGAAAUGCUGCACUCAGACAUUUGACCUCUGAGGUGUAGCUCAAGGUUUCAUCUCAACAGAGUCCCCUGAAAACUGACACAGCGUGUACUUUGCAAGGCCAAACAACACGAGUAAAACAGUAAAUACAAGUAGAUACUCCAGCCUCCCUGCCUCGGGAGGGCACUGGGCCUCAGUUUGCUUUGACUUCUAUGUGUGGUUCCCCUGGCCUACAGCAAGGUGCCUGCCUCCAGCCGACCCUUCUGAAGGAACUCUCCCUGUAGUCUACACUUGGCUCCACCCCCUCCACAGAUGCUUGUCCACUCUGGGUUUUAGCCUCCUGUGGGUAUCCAGGUGCCCCCGGGCCCAUCUGACAGUGGCAUCACAGUCAUGUCACAUUUGGGUAAACACCCAUCUGGCUAGGCCCCUAGCCCUCAGGAACGUGCUAGUUCUUCAAAAGGUAGUGAGAGGCAGGUGGCUCCCUACUCCUCCGUAUUCACUGCCGCCCCUUCUUGGCCCCGCUGAUUCCCAUUUCUUACCCUUGAGGCUGAUGGCGGCGGAGCCCCUGUAGAUGACAGUUCUUGAAGUUCCCAGGUGCUCACGUGCUGCGCUGGCUGGAAGCAGUUGGGGGAUGAGUGUGGGAUUGCGGUGUGCGAAGGCAAUUCCACGUGCUCAGAAAACGAGGUGUGCGUGCGGCCAGGCGAGUGCCGCUGCCGACAUGGCUACUUCGGUGCCAACUGCGACACUAGUGAGCGCGGGGCGAGAGUGCCCGCGCCAGUUCUGGGGGCCUGACUGCAAGGAGAGAUGCAGUUGCCACCCCCACGGACAGUGCGAGGACGUGACUGGACAGUGUACAUGUCACGCGCGCCGCUGGGGUGCCCGUUGCGAGCAUGCAUGCCAGUGCCAGCAUGGCACGUGCCACCCGCGGAGCGGCGCGUGCCGCUGCGAGCCGGGCUGGUGGGGCGCACAAUGCGCUAGCGCGUGCUACUGCAGCACCACAUCACGGUGCGAUCCGCAGACCGGCGCCUGCCUGUGCCACGCAGGCUGGUGGGGCCGCAGCUGCAACAACCAGUGCGCCUGCAACUCGUCGCCCUGCGAGCAGCAGAGCGGCCGCUGCCAGUGUCGCGAGCACACGUUCGGCGCACGGUGCGAUCGCUAUUGCCAGUGCUUCCACGGUCGGUGCCACCCGGUGGACGGCACGUGCGCCUGCGAUCCCGGCUACCGGGGCAAGUAUUGUCGCGAGCCAUGCCCCGCUGGCUUCUAUGGCCUGGGCUGUCGCCGUCGGUGUGGUCAGUGCAAGGGCCAGCAGCCCUGUACUGUAGCUGAUGGCCGUUGUGUGACGUGCGAACCGGGUUGGAACGGAACCAAAUGUGACCAACCCUGCACCAUUGGUUUCUAUGGCGAGGGUUGUAGCCACCGCUGCCCGCCUUGCCGCGACGGGCACGCCUGCAAUCAUGUCACUGGCAAGUGUACGCGCUGUAAUGCGGGCUGGAUCGGCGACCGGUGCGAGACCAAGUGCAGUAAUGGCACUUACGGUGAGGACUGUGCCUUCGUGUGCUCUGACUGCGGCAGCGGCCACUGUGACUUCCAGUCUGGACGCUGCCUUUGCAGCCCUGGUGUUCACGGACCUCACUGUAAUGUUACAUGCCCUGCCGGGCUCCACGGCGUGGACUGCGCCCAGGCUUGCAACUGUCACGAGGAAUCAUGCGACCCGGUUACCGGUGCCUGCCACCUGGAGACCAAUCAGCGCAAAGGUGUGAUGGGCGCGGGCGCGCUGCUCACGCUGCUCCUCGGCCUGCUGCUCUCGCUGCUCGGUUGCUGCUGCGCCUGCCGGGGCAAGGACCCGGCGCGCCGGGAACUCACGCUUGGAAGGAAGAAGGCACCUCAGCGCCUCUGCGGGAGCUUCAGCCGUAUCAGCAUGAAGCUGCCUCGAAUCCCGCUUCGCAGACAGAAGCUACCCAAAGUCGUAGUGGCCCAUCAUGACCUAGAGAACACGCUCAACUGCAGUUUCCUGGAACCGCCUUCAGGGCUGGAGCAGCCCUCACCAUCAUGGUCCUCCAGGGCUUCCUUCUCAUCCUUUGACACCACAGAUGAAGGCCCUGUGUACUGCGUGCCCCACGAGGGUGAGUGUGGCCUGCUCGGCCAUCCCUCUGGCACAGUGGACGGCCUUGCUCUCUGUGCUGGAGGUGGAGGCAUCAGGGCACCAAGAGGCCAAGGGCUUCUGCCCUGCUGGGAGGCGACUGAGAGCCGAGACCCGGAAGCUCCUGCCCCUCUGGUUGAGGUGCCCGCUGCGUCCCUAGCGCCCAUGAGCACCCCGGUGCCCGUGGAGGAGGCAGCGGCCCUCCCUGCAUCCUCAGACAGCGAGCGCUCGGCGUCCAGCGUGGAGGGGCCCGGGGGAGCGCUGUACGCGCGUGUGGCCCGGCGCGAGGCCCGGCCGGCCCGGGCCCGAGGUGAGGCUGGGGGCUUGUCACUGUCUCCGUCGCCCGAGCGCAGGAAACCACCGCCACCCGACCCUGCCACCAAGCCUAAAGUGUCCUGGAUCCACGGCAAGCAGGGCGCCGCGGCUGCUGCCCCGUCACCGCCGGCCGCCGGCCGCAUGGCUGCGCCGAGCCCUAGCGGGAGGAAACGGACCCCCAGCAACACGUCGGUGCAGUCCCCGGGCCUGACCGAAGAGGUCCCCGCCCCGGCCGCACCCUCGCCGCCCCGGGUCCGAGCGCGCGGCCGCGGCCCGGGUCUCUCGGAGCCCACGGACGCGGCUGGUCCCCCGCGCAAUGCGCCCGAGGCCGCCUCUAUGUUGGCAGCCGAGCUGCGGGACAAGACUCGCAGCCUGGGUCGCGCCGAGGGGCCGCCGGGGCCGCGGGAGAAGCCGCCCCCGCCGCAGAAGGCCAAGCGCUCCGUGCUCCCCGCCUCGACGGCCCGCGCAUCCGCGGCGUCCGAGGCCACGGCGCCCGAGAAGGCAGCGGCCGGGACACCCGCGCCCGAGACCCCUCGGAAGAAGACCCCCAUCCAGAAGCCGCCGCGGAAGAAGAGCAGAGAGGCGGCGGGGGAGCUGAGCAGGGCGGGAGCGCCACCCGCAGCUUCCUAGGCUCACAGCUCGCGAGCCACCGCGUUUCUCGACGCCGUUUCCCGCGCGGCCGCAGCGAAGCAUUUCAUUGGCCCAAGCACAUAGCGCCCGGCACGAGGCUGUGUCUGACUGGCCCAGGCUCCGGCAGCCGCUGCUCGGUUGUGUCUGCUCUCAGGCCUGGCGGACACUUAGCUGGCUACUCGCUCCCGCUAGCAGUGUUGUGGAGCUUUUCUAGCAAUCUGUGUCUCAUUGGCCGUGGCUGGGAGAGCCUGCAGACUUCUUACUGGCCAAGAGUGUGCUUGGCUGGGCUAUCCUGUCAUUGGCUGACGCCAGGAGCGCGGAUGCCUCUCUUGCCAGGGCCUGGUGCCUAUGGCUGUAGGGUCUUUUUCUUAAAGAUAGCCAGAGGCUGCUCCCAUUGACUGUGGGCUCGUGAGUAUCUGGUUGACCCGAACCUGGGGAGGAGAGCUGGUUUCUGCCCCUCAGGUGGCUCAGCACAUCUUGGCCUGUCCCUUCCCCAACCUCCACCGACAUCAGCCCUGGUCCCUCAGCUGUCAAGCUGGCUUUGAUGGCCUCCCACCACCUCACAAUUGUGGGAACCCCAGGGACGACUCUGGUGGCCUUAGACAUAUUUAUAGGCCCCGGGCAGGGCUGCUCCCACCCAUCUGGGGUCUCCAGGAUGGGUUCCUCCUAGUAGGGCCAAACCAAAGCUUUCUUAAUAAAAUGCUUCUCCCCA